UCUCAAGGAAUCAUCAGUGCACAUGUGUAGGAUUAAUAUUCUUGGCCAACCACAGUGAAGGGGUUCAGUUUGGGAUGUCUGAACUUGAUAGAGUUUUAGAGGAGGGGGAUGCUUUGUAUAUUGCUGUUAAAAUGCAGCUUAUGGAUGAACAAAGAUUUCUUCAGGACCAUCUGGCUGUGGAGGAGGUACCACUGAACGUUUCAACAUUCACCCAAGCAUACCGUGUGCAGAAGUCUGAGCUCAAGAUGGGAUUCCUCAGAGCCAGAGGGGACUCUGGCACAGAAGAAUGGUAUAUUCCUCUUACUGAAAGACUUCAGUGUCUUUCAACCACUGUUAGUCACGCACUUCUCAUCGUUUCUUUAGAAUGUCUUGCAGUGUUCAGAGACAGAUCUGGAAGAUAUGGAUUCUUUGAUUCACACUCAAGGACUGCUGAAGGUUUGCGCCAUCCCACUGGUGCUGGAACUGCUGUCAUGUUAACUUUUACACACCUAAGUGACAUGAUAGACAGAAUUCUCAGGAUCUUCCAGGACCACCCUGAUGUGGCCAGUUAUGAAUUUUUGCCUGUGUCAUUUGAAAUGGAGCAGCAAUCUGACAAACAGUCAGCACCAUCACCAGUCUCACAAAUGAAUUUGGCUCUUCCAAAGUCAAGAAACCCACCCCAAGCCCAAACCCCAGAAAUUCUUGUUUUUAAAGGAGAUGAAAACCAGCAAGUGAUGAAAACGAGUAAGCAGCGGAGAAGAAAAGUAAAGAGAAAAAUAUCUGUACAACAGUUACAACUCAAGGACAAAACUACAUCUCAGGAAGUCAGAAAAUUAAAAAAAAGGGAAUAUGAAAAAGAGAGAUAUGUUACCUGUUUAAAUUAUCGACUGAAGAGAAAGGAGACUAUGAAGGAGCGUAUGAAGGAGCGAUAUAAUCAAGAUCCUCAAUUCAGGAAGAAAAUUCAACAUUAUAUGAAGAGAAGGUACAACACAUGUGCUGAUACUCAGACAAAGAUGAAAGAGUACAUGGUGAGGAGGUACAACAAGGAUACUGCUUUUCAGAAGAAGAUGAAAGAGUAUGUAGUGAGGAGGUACAACAAGGAUACUGCUUUUCAGAAAAAGAUGAAAGAGUACAUGGUGAGGAGGUACAACAAGGAUACUGCUUUUCAGAAGAAGAUGAAAGAGUACAUGGUGAGGAGGUACAACAAGGAUACUGUUUUUCAGAAGAAGAUGAAAGAGUACAUGGUCAAGAGAUAUGCAGAUGACCCACAGUUUAGAACGCGUCACAUCUUAAGAUGUACCUUGUUCAAAAGAAAGAAAUGUGUCAGUGAUGUUGCAUACCAUGUUUAUCAUAAAUUGCAAUGUGCACUUCGAAUCAAAAGGAAAUAUAAACUUCACAUCAGUUACAGACCAGAAACACCUCAGCCUGUGGUCAGCAAAGUAAUGCAAAGUGCCAUAGAUGCAUUCAGAUGUAACAUUCAGCAAGGCCCCACACAUGUCUGCACAGUCUGUCACAGAGCUAUGUUUCCAAAUCAAGUCAGAGUCUGUAACAGAAGGAGUUACAUUAAAAAUCCACAUAUUGUGGCAUCUUGCUUAACCGGGCAAUAUGUUCACAUUUGUGACCGUAGCUGCAGAGAUUCUUGUGUGGUUCCAGAACAAAGAAGAAAGGAAUGGAUUUGCCAUACUUGUGAUAACCAUCUGAAGAGAGGAAGCAUGUCUUCAAUUGCUGUGGCUAACAAACUUGAAUUGGCACACAUCCCUGCAGAAUUAAUGGAAUUAAAUGUGCUUGAACGUCAACUCAUCGCCAAAAUUGUACCGUUUGCAAAAAUUGUUGCACUGCCUAAAGGACAACAAAGAGCAGUGCAUGGGGCGGUUGUGUGUGUGCCGUCUGAGGUGGAAAAGACGGUGAAUUGUCUACCAAGACAUAGCAAUGAGUCGCAACUCCUACAGGUGAAGCUUAAAAGACACGUCCAAUUUAAAGGAUACCAGCAUUUUCACACUGUGAAUAUGCACAAUGUCGUUGCAGCUUUAUUAAAGCUAAAAGCGAUUCACUCCGAAUACAAGGAUAUCUCCAUAAGUGAAAAUUCAAUACUUGAAAGUCACCUUGAUGAGGAAAUUGAGACAGAACAGCAACAAGACGUCAGUGUUGCUGAGGAGAAUGAGCAACAUGUGAGUGAAGAGGAACAGGAUGAACUUAGACCUGGCCUCACCUUGGACACAUGUAUGCAGCCACCUGACAUCGGCCAGGAGAUUUUAUCAUAUGGCGAGGGAAUAUUCAGCAUUGCACCUGCUCAGGGAAAAAAACCUGUUGGAUUUUUCAAAAUCCCAAAGCUGGAAGCCAUGGCGUUCCCUGUUCAGUUCCCUACUGGACAUAACACUAUUGAUGAGGCAAGAGAAAAAGCAUUGUCACCAAGUAUGUAUUUCAAUGCGAGAUUGUUCUCUGUGGAUACACGGUUUGCAAGAGACCAGAGUUACCUUUUCUUUGCACAGUUUGCGACAGAAACACAUCUGGCCAGGAACAGCAUGACUGUCCAGUUGCGGAAAGGCAAACCUAUAACAAGAGAUGGCAGAAGAAUUUCCAACAGGUUGCUUCAAGAUAACCAUGAGGUUGAAAGACUGGUGCACAACAAAGAUGCCACACGGUUCAUGCAACCCCUGAGAGGUUCGCCAUCUUACUGGGAGAAAACACUAAGAGAUCUACAAGCCAUGAUCAGGCAGUUGGGAACACCAACUUUCUUUUGCACAUUCAGUGCGGCCGAAAUGCGAUGGCCUGAAGUAAUUACGGCAAUCAAGGCUCAGCAAGGGGAAGACGUCGAUUUUUCAGAGCUUGACUGGAUGACAAAAUGUGAAAUCCUUCGAAGUAACCCUGUUACUGUCAUGCGGAUGUUUGAGAAACGAGUGGAUGCGCUAAUGACUCACCUGCUUUUGUCACCUGCCCAACCCAUUGGUAAGGUUGAAGAUUACUUUUACAGAGUUGAGUUUCAAGCAAGAGGAAGCCCACAUAUACAUCUGCUUGCAUGGGUAAAGGAUGCACCCGAGUUCGAAAGUGAUUCUGAUGAAGUUGUUUGUGGCUUUAUUGAUCGCUACAUAACAUGCAGGCUCCCUGAUUCCACGACUGAUCCUGAACUUCAUCAGAUUGUUACAGAGGUUCAGCUUCACAGCAGAAAACACUCCAAGUCAUGCAAGAAAGGAAAUGUGUUGUGUAGGUUUGGGUUCCCUAAAUUACCAAUGUCUGACACCACAAUAACUCGUCCACGACCACAGCGACCUGAAGAAGAGGAAACUAAAGAGGAUAGCCAUCAAGACAGAAGAAGCUCAAGGUCAGAUGCUGUUCGAAAAGCAAUGAGUGAUGCUAGGACGAAACUCAAACCUUUGUGGGAUUUGCUGAAUGAUCCCCAAGCCACCUUUGAAAACUUGCCUGAACUACUGUCAAAAUGUAAUUUGUCCAUGGAGGAUUACAUGAAGUACACCAGGGAGUUGUCCACUUCAAGUGUGAUCUUGCUAAAGCGUGAUCCAAAGGAGGUUUGGGUGAAUGGAUACAAUCCAGAUUUGCUGAGGGCAUGGAAUGCUAACAUGGACAUUCAGUAUAUACUUGACCCUUACAGUUGCAUCAUGUAUAUGUUGUCCUACAUUUCCAAGCCAGAGCAUGAAAUGAACGAGAUGCUGAAGAACGUGAUCAAAGCAGUGCGUGAAACAGAUGUGAACGAAGAGGAUGAAAUGAAGCACAUUAUGCAAGCCUAUUCGAAGCACAGACAAGUGAGCUCGCAGGAGUCUGUUGCACGAACGUGCAGCCUACCAAUGAAGAAGUGUUCGCGAAGUGUUGUGUUUAUACCGACGGAUGACGAUGCUCUGAAGAUGAGUCUGCCCCUUAGUGUCCUACUGCAUAAAAAUCCAGAUUCAGAGGAUGUUUGGAUGUCGGGAAUAAUAGAUAAAUACAGAGCAAGGCCUCAAACACCGGAGUUUGAAAAGAUAUGUCUGGCAGACUUUGUGUCAAAUUACCGCAUUGUGUACGGUCAGCAAACUAAGGGAAAGAAUGUACAACGUCUGCUCAAUGAUAUGGGAUUUGUUCAGAAAAGAUCUGUCGGUAAGGCUGCCGUUAUUCGAUAUGCACGGUUUUCGGAGGAGAAACAACCGGAAAAGUUUUACGGAAGAUUAGUGAAACUUUAUGUGCCACAUCGUUUCAAUGCCCAGCUAAAACCUCCAACAUUUCCAACGUAUGAGCAGUUUUACAAAAGUGCAUUUGUGGAACUUCCUUCCCACCCUGGUGUCCGAAUGCCUGUAUGCGCAAUAGUGAAAGCACACCAGGAGAAAUUCGAAAAACACAGUGAAGAAGUGGACAAAGCAAUUGAACAGUUGCAGCAACAAGGCCCAUCUGAGAAUGCUUGGACAGCUUUUGCCCCUGAAGCUGAAGUGGAUAAUUUGGAGUGCAUUGCAGAACGAGAAGAUGUCAAUCAUGAUGAAGAGGAUGAGCAAGAUGAUGUACCGGAAUACCAGAUUCUUCUUGAAGAUGGAGAUGGAGUCGUUCCUCUGAUAAAGGCACCACAGAUGAGUGUUGACUUUGUCAGGAAGAUGUUUCAAAGUCUAAAUGAGACACAGGCAGCAAUAUUCUACAUUGUCCGUCAGUGGUGUCAGAAGCGUGUCUGGGGUCAUAAUCCGGAACAGUUUUUUUACUUCGUGUCAGGUGGUGCUGGUUGUGGAAAAUCACAUGUCAUUAAGUGCAUAUAUACGGAAGCAACCAAGAUUCUAAGACAAUUGCCUCGACUUCAGGAGGAAGGGGAUCUCUCUGUGCCUACAGUGAUUUUGAGUGCAUUUACAGGAACAGCAGCAUUCAAUAUAUCUGGUAAAACACUGCAUUCCAUUUUAAAACUGCCAAGGAACUUAAAGCCACCUUAUCAAGGACUUGGAAAUGCUCUAGAUGAAGUACGAGCAGAAUUAUGCAGUGUGGAAAUUCUCAUCAUUGAUGAAGUGUCCAUGAUUUCGAAGGAUCUUUUCGCCUAUGUAAACUGGAGACUUCAACAGAUCAGAGGCAGCAAGAAAGCAUUUGGAGGAAUCUCUGUUCUCGCUGUAGGAGACUUUUUCCAACUACCACCUCUCGGUAAAGCCAAACCGCUCUGUGUGUAUGAAGAUGAUGUUCUGGACUUCUGGAAGGACAGUUUUCAAAUAAUUACCCUUACAGAGAUCAUGCGUCAAAAGGAGGACCUUGCCUUUGCUGAGCUUUUAAAUCGACUGCGAGUGAGGCAGAAGACUGAUGUUCUUAGAGAAGAAGACCGAGUUCUGUUACUCCAAGCUGUAAAGAACCCAGAAGACUGCCCUCAUGAUGCUCUGCACAUAUUUGCAACCAACAAGGAAGUUCACAUGCACAAUACUAAAACAAUACAGGCUAUUCACACUGACAUCAUAACCAUUGAUGCCGAAGACUACAGGAAAGACCCAAGAACAGGAGUGAUGAAAAGACAAAAGAAACCUGUCACCGGAAAGAAGGAUGACUUGCUGGAUUCUAUACAAGUUGCAGUGGGAGCUCGUAUAAUGGUGACAAGGAAUCUGGAUGUUGAAGAUGGAAUUGUAAAUGGAUGUUUUGGUCAGAUUGUUAACAUUGUCACUAAAACAAGAGAUGGAAUCUCCACUGUACACAUGCUAGGACUUCAGCUCGACAAUCCAAAUGCAGGUCUGAAACACCGCAGAAGAGUGGAAGGUGAAGAUGACAACUCUGUAUAUAUUGAGAGAUCUGAAGAAAGUCUGAGGAAAGGAACAGUUCGUCGUCAAUUUCCCAUCAAGCUCGCUUAUGCCUGCACAGCUCACAAAGUUCAAGGUAUGACAAUGCAGUCUGCCGUAGUGUCACUGAAGAAGAUUUUCGAACCUGGAAUGGCCUAUGUUGCCCUCAGCCGAACGACGUCGCUUUCUGGAUUACAUAUUACAGACUUCAUUGAAAAGAAGAUUUAUGCUGAUCCUGAAAUCACAGCAUCGUUGCAGAACAUGAGAAAAGUGACAUUCGAAGGAAUCAUGCCACUUUUGCAACACAUAAGGGAAAUCAACCAGGACCAAACACUUAAAAUAGUUCACCACAACACGGAAGGACUGUCAUCUCACAUCGAGGAUAUCAGAUGCCAUCAUGAGCUACUUUUAUCGGAUAUUCUUUGCGUAACGGAAAGUCACUUGUCUGGCUCAUGUAUUCCACAACAUCUCCAGUUGGAAGGAUACAAGAUGUUUGCACGGAAUAGACAUGUCUCCUACUCAACCCAUGCAGAAAUGGCAAAGAAAGACGGUGGUGGAGUUGCAAUAUUUUGCAAAGAAGAUAUUCAAGCUCAGUCCAGACAGUACAUCCAAAGUGUCACAGACCUGGAGUUUGUUGUCAUCAAAAUCGACACCCCAAUGUGUGCAACAAUUGCUGCAGUGUACAGGCCACCAAACUACAGUCUUGAAAAAUUCUUGCCAAAUUUAAGGGGCCUACUUGAUUAUCUGGACAUCGUAGACAACCAUCCUGUAAUCAUCAGUGGAGACUUUAAUGAGGACCUCUUAUCUGCUGGAAGAAAGGCUAUACUGGAGAUGUUUCAAUCCAAGGGAUAUACACAGCUAAUCACAUCAGCUACAACUGAGAAGCACACACUACUGGAUCACAUAUACAUCUCACAUCCGGACUUGUGUCUACAGUCAGGUGUGUUACAGAGCUAUUACAGUUACCACAAUCCUGUGUACUGUAUAUUGCGAAAAUGACAUUCUGUGGUUGGCGGAUAUUGUUGUGUUUUUUGCCAUACGGAAUCGUGGGCACCGACUACGCAUUAACUUUCUUCUGGACGUGCAAUCGGAGGAGCUGGAGACGCAGCGCUGGUUGGGUUUCUGGUGCUAUUAGGGAUGGAGAAGGUACCAGCAAAUGUCGGUUAGCAUGCAUCAACUUUCUUUAGGCUGUGUCGUGCUGGAGGUGUAAUCGGAGGAGCUGGAGACGCAGCGCUGGUUGGAUUUUUGGUGCUAUCAUGGCUGCGGAAGGUAAGAAGCAUGCUUCGGGUCUUGGAUGGCCUCAGCCAACGGUUUGGCGUGUAUGGUUAUACCAGUGGGACUUUGAUGGCCUUAGCCAAUGGGUAGGUGGUUAUGGUUGUGGUGUUUCGACAAAUGGAACGAUGGGCAGUAAGCAUUAACAGUGGCAAUAGGGCUCUGACAGCCUUAGCCAAUGAGUUGACUUGAAUGGUUGUGCACUAAUGGUUGUGUUGUUAUGCCAUACGAAACCGGGGGCCACUGAACCUGCAUUAACGACGACAGUGGGGGCUCAUUGACAGCCUUAGCCAACGGGUUGGUGCGUAUGGUCGUGUUGUUUUGUUGUCUUGCGUUGUGUUGUCAUGCCAUACAAAACCGGGGGCCACUGAACCUGCAUUAACGACGACAGUGGGGGCUCAUUGACAGCCUUAGCCAACGGGUUGUUGCGUAUGGUCGUGUUGUUUUGUUGUCUUGCGUUGUGUUGUCAUGCCAUACAAAACCGGGGGCCACUGAACCUGCAUUAACGACGACAGUGGGGGCUCAUUGACAGCCUUAGCCAACGGGUUGUUGCGUAUGGUCGUGUUGCAAUGAGAUUUUGGCAUCUAUGGUCAUUUAACAGUGUUAUGGCAGUGAGCUACAAAGCAGGUACAGCAACAGGAAGGAUGAAGGAGUAAUGUGGCAGCUCGAGGGAGGACACUAGGAAGUAAAGGCGGCGGCAGCAGCAUACAGGAUGCAGUGAGGAUUAGUGUGGCAACUCCAGGGAGGACACAGACAGUGAGAGCAACAGCAGCAUUGCAGGAAGAAUUUUGAGACGAUAGCAGCCCUGUCCAACAAUGGAUAUGAGUGUGCAAUAUACCAUCUAAAGCUAAGUGUUUUAAGAACUUUCUUCAGUCACUGUACUACUGCACAUUGUAACUACUUUUGGAGGAAUGUUUUAUUCUAAUUCUGAUUCUGAUGUUUUUCAGGAACUGCCAGGUCAGAAUGUCUGAGAAGAUCAAGUGUGCUACAACACCCAUGAUGACAAGCAGGAUACAUUGGAAAGCUGGAUUUCUUUUAAUAAUGUGACCAAACCCAUUUGGCAUUGAGGACAAUACUGAAGACUAAAGAAGCAAAGGAAGGAGCAGUCUCAG